GACAGACUGCGGCACCUCGGUGCGCGCCUCCGCGUCGAGCCUGCGCCCGCGCCCCUCGCCCGCGCCCCGGCGCCCCCCGGCCCGUGCCCCGCUGCCCCCGCGCCCCGGACCGCGCCCCCCGGGGCCUCGCGCACGCCGGGCCGGCGAUGAGCGCGCGGAGCCAACAUGAGCGCAGACAGCAGCCCGCUCGUGGGCAGCCCGCCCAGCUAUGGGACCCUGACGAUAGGGACAUCGAUCGAUCCCCUCAGCUCCUCAGCUUCAUCCGUGAGGCUCAGCGGCUACUGUGGCAGUCCAUGGAGGGGCAUCGGCUAUCACGCCGUGGUCUGGAUGCUGGCCGGGAUCCCUUGGCUGCUGUUCCGCUGGAAGCCCUUGUGGGGCGUGCGCCUGCGCCUCCGGCCCUGCAGCCUGGCCCGCGCCGAAACACUCGUUAUCGAAACAAGAGACAAAGAGGAUAGCGGGUGGCAGCUCUCUACCGUCCAGGUGCACACAGAGGCCAUCCAGGGCAGCCCGGAGCUGCCCCCACAGGCCCACGCAGAGGAUGGCCGCAGCCAGGUGGCCGUGGGGACGGUACCGGAGGGCACGUGGAAGGACACUGCCCAGCUCCACGGGCAGGAGGAGACCCAGCGAGUUCUACGCUACUACCUCUUCCAGGGCCAGCGGUACGUGUGGAUUGAGACCCAGCGAGCCUUCUUCCAAGUCAGCCUGCUGGACCACGGCCGCAGUUGCGAUGACAUCCACGGCUCCCGCUCCGGCCUCAGUCACCAGGAGCAAACUGUGAGGAAGAGCAUAUACGGCCCCAACGUGAUCGGCGUCCCGGUCAAGUCCUACCCGCAGCUCCUGGUGGACGAGGCACUGAACCCCUACUAUGGGUUCCAGACCUUCAGCAUCGUGCUGUGGCUGGCCGACCACUACUACUGGUACGCCCUCUGUAUCUUCCUCAUCUCCACCAUCUCCAUCUGCCUGUCGCUCUACAAGACCAGAAAGCAAAGCACAACUCUGAGGGACAUGGUCAAGCUCUCUGUGCGCGUGUGCGUGUGCCGGCCAGGGGGAGGGGAGGAGUGGGUGGACUCCAGCGAGCUGGUGCCUGGAGACUGCGUGGUGCUGCCCCAGGAGGGCGGGCUGAUGCCCUGCGACGCCGCCCUGGUGGCUGGCGAGUGUGUGGUGAACGAGAGCUCCCUGACAGGGGAGAGUGUCCCGGUGCUGAAGACGGCCCUGCCCCGGGGGCCCGGAGCCUACUGCCCCGAGACCCAUCGGCGGCACACGCUCUUCUGCGGGACCCUCGUCCUGCAGGCCCGGGCCUGCGUGGCGCGCUCCCUGGCGGUGGUGACCCGGACAGGCUUUUGUACUGCGAAAGGGGGGCUGGUGAGCUCCAUCCUGCACCCCCGGCCCCUCAGCUUCAAGUUCUACACGCACAGCAUGAAGUUCGUGGCGGCCCUCUCCGUCCUGGCUCUGCUCGGCACCAUCUACAGCGUCUUCAUUCUCUACCGGAACCGGGUGCCCGUCAAGGAGAUGGUGAUCCGGGCUCUGGACCUGGUCACCGUGGUGGUGCCACCCGCUCUGCCGGCCGCCAUGACGGUGUGCACGCUUUACGCCCAGGGUCGCCUGCGCGCGCAGGGCAUCUUCUGCCUCCACCCGCUGCGCAUCAACCUGGGGGGCAAGCUGCGGCUGGUGUGCUUCGACAAGACAGGCACCCUCACCGAGGACGGCUUGGACGUGAUGGGGGUGGUACCCCUAAAGGGGAAGGUGUUCCUGCCGCUGGUCCCAGACCCCCGCCACCUGCCCGUGGGGCCCCUGCUCCGAGCACUAGCCACCUGCCAUGCCCUCAGCCAGCUACACAGCACCCCGGUGGGGGACCCCAUGGACCUUAAGAUGGUGGAGUCCACUGGCUGGGUCCUGGAGGAGGGGCCGGCCGCAGACCCGGCGUCGUCGGGAGCCCGGGGCUUGGCAGUGAUGAGGCCCCCGCCGCACGAGCCCCCCCGGCUGCCCGGCCAGGAGGAGGCCCCGCAGCCACUUAGUGUCCUUUGCCGCUUCCCCUUCUCUUCGGCUCUGCAGCGCAUGGACGUGGUGGUGACGUGGCCGGGAGCCCGGCAGCCCGAGGCCUACGUCAAGGGCUCCCCGGAGCUGGUGGCUGGCCUCUGCAGCCCCGACACGUGCCCCCCGGACUUCGCCCAGGUGCUGCAGAGUUACACGGCUGCUGGCUACCGCGUCGUGGCCCUGGCCGGCAAGCCGCUGCCCAUCGUGCCCAGCCUGGAGGCCGCCCAGCAGCUGACGAGGGCCUCCGUGGAGCGGGAGCUGAGCCUCCUGGGGCUGCUGGUCAUGAGGAACCUGCUGAAGCCACAGACGGCGCCCGUCAUCCGGGCCCUGCGGGGGACCAACAUCCGCACCGUCAUGGUGACAGGGGACAACCUGCAGACGGCAGUCACCGUGGCGCGGGCCUGUGGCAUGGUGGGCCCCCAGGAGCCCCUGAUGCUCGUCCAGGCCACCCACCCUGAGCGAGGGCAGCCGGCCUCCCUGGAGUUCCUGCCCGUGGAGUCCCCCACAGCCAUGAACGGGACUAAGGAUGCCAUCCAGGUGGAAAGCUACGCCGUGGAGCUGGAGCCCCGGGGCAGCCACCUGGCCCUCAGCGGAUCCACCUUCAGCGUCCUGAGGAAGCACUUCCCCAAGCUGCUGCCCAAGAUCCUGGUGCAAGGCACCAUCUUUGCCCGCAUGGCCCCUGAGCAGAAGACGGAGCUGGUGUGUGAGCUCCAGAAGCUCCAGUAUUGCGUGGGCAUGUGCGGGGACGGCGCCAAUGACUGCGGGGCCCUCAAGGCCGCGGACGUGGGCAUCUCGCUGUCCCAGGCCGAGGCCUCCGUGGUCUCGCCCUUCACCUCCAGCAUGGCCAGCAUCGAGUGCGUGCCCGCGGUCAUCAGGGAAGGCCGCUGCUCCCUGGACACGUCCUUCAGCGUCUUCAAGUACAUGGCCCUGUACAGCCUCACGCAGUUCAUCUCCGUCCUGAUCCUCUACACGAUCAACACCAACCUGGGGGACGUGCAGUUCCUGGCCAUCGACCUGGUCAUCACCACCACCGUGGCGGUGCUCAUGAGCCGCACGGGGCCGGCGCGGGCGCUGGGGCGCGCUCGGCCGCCCGGGGCGCUGCUCAGCGUGCCCGUGUUGGGCAGCCUGCUGCUGCAGGUGGCGCUGGUGGCUGGCGUCCAGCUGGGGGGCUACUUCCUGGUCACCGCCCAGCCCUGGUUCGUGCCUCUGAACAGCUCCGUGCCAGCACCCGACAACCUGCCCAACUAUGAGAACACGGUCAUCUUCUCCCUGUCCGGCUUCCAGUACCUCAUCCUGGCCGCGGCCGUGUCCAAGGGGGCGCCCUUCCGCCGGCCGCUCUACACCAACGUGCCCUUCCUGGUGGCCCUGGCGCUCUUGGGCUCGGUCCUGGUGGGCCUCAUCCUGGUCCCGGGCCUCCUGCAGGGGCCGCUCGCGCUGAGGAACAUCGCCGACACCCGCUUCAAGCUGCUGCUGCUGGGCCUGGUCGCCUCCAACUUCGUGGGAGCCUUCAUGCUGGAGAGCGUGCUGGACCAGUGCCUCCCCGCCUGCCUGCGGCGCCUGCGGCCCAAGCGCGCCUCCAAGAAGCGCUUCAAGCAGGUGGAGCGGGAGCUGGCCGAGCGGCCCUGGCCGCCGCUGCCCGCCGGGCCCGGGAGGUAGUGCAGGCCCCGGGCCCGCCGGACCCCGGUGGCCCUCAGCCGCGCCCCGAGCCGUCUCCUCCGCCGUCCGCUUCCACAGCAUGGACCUGGCCGUCGUCACACGCCUGCCCCACCCCCGGCCUGGGAG